GAAGGUGCCACACAACUCCUUCAGAGCAUCUUCUCUUCCUUUCCCUACAAUUUCCUCAGCUCCCAUUCUCUCUCUAAAAUUUCAUUAUUCAACUCCAAUUCAACCGAAUAAUGACUAGAAGCUUGACUUCAAGCCCUAAUUCCAGGAAAUCCGUCAAAUUUCUUUAUAGUUACAACGGUCAAAUCCUUCCUCGCCCGUCCGACGGCGUCCUUCGUUACGUCGGCGGCCACACUCGUAUUCUCUCCGUCGAUCGCUCUAUCUCCUUUUCAGAGUUGCUGGUGAAAUUUGGAGAAUUAACUGGAACUUCGGUGAAUUUAAAGUGUAAGUUACCGAGCGAAGAUUUAGAUGUUUUGAUUUCAAUUAAAUCCGAUGAAGAGCUCAGGAAUGUCAUCGAUGAGUACGACCGCGCUUCGGAGUUCAGUCACCUGGAGUUGAAGAUUAGAGCUAUAUUAUCACCAGUUCAAUCAGUGAAAAAGCUCUCUUCACCUUCUUCGCCGACGCGGUUUCAGCCUUUGAGAAUGGCUGCUCCGGCGAUCUAUACUCCGUCUCCGCCGUCAACUCCGCUGUCGUUUAACUGUUCUCCCACUCAAUCGAGGCUUCAGCCGACGAAAAUGGCUCAGGGGAGUUGUCAUCAGUCUCCGCAGCGUGCGGGGGCGUACAGGUGUUGCUCGCCGCCGCCUCCGCCGCAGGCCGUUGGCUAUGCUGCUGGUAUAAGGAAAGACGCCCGGAGGAAUCAAUGCUGUCGCCAUGGAAGUCCUAGGCAGCAAUAUUUUAUUCCUUAUUCAAAUAUAUACUUACUGCCGAUAAAACCGUAGAAAAUAAAGUAAUACAGAGGAUAGAAAGGGGGGAAAAAAAGAAAAGAAAAAGGAGAACAUUCAAAAAUCGAGUUUGAGAAAAAUAUAAGAGUAUAUAGAUACAGCGACUUAUACAUACGUAUAUACAGGUGCAAAAUAGUUAGAAAUUGCCUUUUUUUUUUGGGCUUCUGGAUUCUGGAAUGGAAGUUUGAUAAGAAUUGGAUUUUUUAUUUUGACAUUUCUUUUUUUUUUUUGGGUGUGUUUUUGUAUACACUAUAUUCAAUAUUUGAUGAUUUUUUUCCCUCUUUGGGUGCGGAUGUUUGAGAUGGGCUUCAGUUGUGUGAUCUACCCAAUUCUUUGUUUCUGAUGUGGGAAAACAAAUAAGGCCGUUAAGAUGAGCUCAGGCGCCGUUUUCACGUCGGAUUCAAUUGCAGGGUCAUUUUCGUUGUCUUUAUGCGAGAUCCGUGUCGUGAGGUGGCCGUCACGGGAACGUGAACUGCCCCUGCCUAGUAUGGGCAGCGGGCAAUAUUAUUAUAUUUUUUCAAAAAUGAGAAAAUAUGGAGUAGUUAUCUUUAAUUUUUUUAAUUUCUAUUUAUUAUUAGUAAAUUGAGGUAUUAAUAAAUGGUAUUUUGGUUUUGUUUUCGCAGGUCAACAAAGGCAGAUGUAUUGGACAUUUGGAUUUUGGACCCGUUGAAUGGAAAGUUCAUGCCGUAUGCCAUUGUGCUUUCAUCAAGAGCCGGAGGACCAAGCCUAAAGCAAAACACCUCCUUAGCGAACAAAUUUGGAGGAAAGAAAAACGUUUGCUGUAUAUAACUCUUGAUGAGUGCUGUGCCUGUGCUACGGAAAGUAGUGAAUCUAGAAGAAUUAAACAUUAAAAUUUAAUAAUGUUACACAAUUUAUACCUAAACGGCACUAAACCAAGCUCACAGGGCAAGAGCCUUAUUAAAGGCAAUCAAGUGGUUAGUCUGACUAUGAAAUUUGAUUUUCAAAUCGAUAAUAA